AUGCCGUCCACAAAGAAGAGUUCUUCGACUCCAUUGCUCAGCAAGGCCAGCCGACCAAGGGAUAUUUCAUCUCCACCAUCAACCAGCCAGGAUGUGUCUCCUCGAUCUGGUGACAGAGCUUCUGGUAAAGCGCACAAGCGGUCUCGCUCUGGCUGUUUUACAUGUCGCCUACGUCGCAAGAAGUGCGAUGAGAAUCACCCAGCAUGCGGUGCUUGUGUCAAUCUCAGCGUCCGAUGCGAAUACAAGCGCCCAGUGUGGUGGGGAAAUGCGGAGCAGCGCAAGCUUCAAAAAGAGCGAAUCAAGAACAAGAUUAAGCAGACUAAGAUGAUUGAGCGAAGUGGAAGCCAAACUGAUGCCUUCCACAAACGCCAUGGGUCUCUGUCCUCGCCGACGUCAGCCUCGCCUGAGUACGAUUUCAACCGUCCAGUUUAUGCGGAACCACAUGACAUGUUCGCAUCUCACCUUCCUACUCCGGGUCUUAUGCCUGGUUCCUACGGCCCUUAUGUGCCACCAUACGAGAUUGAUGUGAAGACAGAGCGACAAACAUACAUUAACGAUGUCCCGAUGCGCCAUGAUUCCUCGACCUCAACAUUCAGCGCCUUCGCACCUCCACAACUCAGUGCUCCAAUGCCAACAUUUGCUGGGGACGAAUGGUUCGGAGGGGAAGAAUAUUUUACUCACGCUUCUACUUUCCAUGGUCUCGAUUCGGUUGACCCUACUAUCGAUCAAACCCUUUGGAUGCAAAGCAACAUCCCAGUCAGUGAGCACGAUCAGCCACUCCUUGAUCAUUUCAUCCACAACGUUCUUCGCCAAAUAUUCCCCGUCCUGGAGGCUCACCAGCGAGGACACUUGCGCGCUCAAGCGAUUCUACGCGCGUUGGAGACUAACAGAUGUUACCUCCAUUGUUGCUUGAGCGUUGCAGCUAUUCAUCUUAAGACUACAGAAGGGAUUGUGGGAGACCAAAUCGAUAACGACAUCAUGCGCCACCGUUAUGAGGCCAUUUCACAGCUGUGCCAGGCGCUUGGAGAGGAUACUGAUCUCGAGGAAAUUCUUGAUGCCACUCUUGCGAUGAUCUUUUUCCAUUGCUCUGUGGGCCCAUCUGAUGACUACCUUCCUGACAUUCCAUGGUUUGAUCAUUUCCAAGCGGCAUCAAACCUUGUAACCAGACUUGGCCUUCCGGCAAGGUCAAUGGAAUGUCAAAAUGGAUAUAUGGUUCCUUCAUUCAGCAUGACCCUGACAUCUUGGAUCGAUAUCCUUGGCUCAACAAUGAUGGGCAAGACCCCUCAAUUUGCCCACUCCUACCGGUCAAAGCACCUGAGCGGAACCCCCUCUGGACUGCGCGAGCUCAUGGGAUGUGAUGAUAGAAUCAUGUAUCUCAUCUCAGAGAUUGCCUGCUUGGACUCUCUGAAGAACGAGGGUCGGGUAGACGAUCUGGCCGUUUGCUCUCAUGUCCAGGCGCUUGGUCGCCAAUUGGAGUAUAUCGAGCCCGCCGACCCAACUUUGGAGAACCCUUAUUCUUCGUCCACUGGAUCUAUUCGCCCUGAAGUCCUUACAAAGACAAUGUCAACAAUCUUCCGCACUGCCGCUCGAAUCUACCUUUGCAGCCUUGUACCAGGCUUUGACCGCAACCAAGCCAGCAACCAAGCUUUGAUCGCGGCUGUCACGAAUGCUCUUCAGUUUAUCCCGGCUGGUCCACAUGGAUUUGACCGCUCUCUUGUGUGGCCACUUCUGAUGACUGGUGUUUACUGCACACCAUCUAGCUCAUUCCGUACAGUUCUGGCUGACCGUGCUGCUGCUCUCGGGGAUCACGCCGAUCUCGGUAGCUUUGGUCGUAUGUACCGUCUUCUCCAGGAGGUGUGGAGACUGACUGAUGACCCAGCCAACACUGAAGGCCUGCCAAGUGACACUUACAGCUCGUCACUCACUAGCCCAAUUAGCAAGCUCGACAGAUCUGAGUCUCAAUCACCCACAGGGACAGGUGCUACCAUGGGAGGACGAGAGCUCAAGCGUCAACAAGUCCAGUGGCGAGACAUCAUGCGGAGGAAUAACUGGCACUACCUUCUCAUCUAA